AUGGAGAUUGCUUCUGUUUUAAUAUCCGUAUGCCUCUUGCUCUCCAGUCUUCUUUCUUAUCCCUUCUUAAAGAAGAUGAAGAGGGUACCUAAACAAAGAGCUAAGCUUACUCCAGGUUCAAUGGGAUGGCCUUAUGUUGGUGAAACUCUCCAGCUUUAUACACAAGACCCAAAUGUCUUCUUUGCUACAAAGCAAAAAAGAUAUGGAGAAGUAUUCAAAAGCCACAUCCUUGGCUGCCCUUGUGUUAUGCUUGCUAGCCCUGAGGGUGCAAGAUUUGUGCUGGUGACUCAUGCCCACUUGUUCAAGCCUACAUACCCCAAAAGCAAAGAGAAAAUGAUUGGCCCUUCAGCUCUCUUUUUUCACCAAGGAGAGUACCACAAUCUUAUAAGGAAGUUGGUUCAAAGUUCCUUGUCACCAGACAAAAUCCGGAAACUAAUUCCUAGUAUCGAAUCCGUAGCCACCUCUGCCUUAGAAUCUUGGUCCGGUGGGCAUAUCAUCAACACUUUUCACGAAAUGAAGAAGUUUUCUUUUGAUGUCGGCUGUCUUUCUAUAUUUGGUCACUUGGACAGCAACUAUAGAGAGAUGCUGAAUGACAACUACCAAAUACUAGAUAAGGGUUACAAUUCAUUUCCAACAAAAAUUCCUCGAACUGCUUACCACAGAGCUCUUUUGGCAAGGAAAAGGCUUAAUCAAAUACUAGGUGAGAUAAUUUGUGAGAGGAAAGAGAAAAAACUCCUAGAGAAGGAUUUCUUGGGUCAUCUUCUGAACUUCAAAAACGAGAAGGGGGAGAUUUUAACUGAAGAUCAAAUUGCUGACAACAUCAUAGGAGUACUUUUUGCUGCCCAGGACACAACAGCCAGUGUUCUGACAUGGAUUCUGAAAUACCUCCAUGAUGACCAGAAACUCCUAGAAGCUCUUAAGGGAGAGCAAAUGGCGAUAUAUGAAGCGAAUGAAAGAGGAAAGAAGCCCCUAACAUGGGCCCAAGCAAGAAAUAUGCCACUUACAUACAGGGUAGUAUUAGAGAGCUUGAGAAUGGCAAGCAUCAUAUCUUUCACAUUCAGGGAAGCAAUAGUUGAUGUUGAAUACAAUGGACACCUAAUACCAAAGGGCUGGAAGGUGUUGCCAUUGUUCAGGAACAUUCAUCACAAUCCAGCAUUCUUUCUUGAUCCUCACAUAUUUGACCCAUCGAGAUUUGAGGUUGCUCCAAAGCCCAAUACUUUCAUGCCAUUUGGAAAUGGAGUGCAUGCUUGCCCUGGCAAUGAAAUUGCCAAGCUGGAGAUACUCGUCUUGAUCCAUCAUCUAGUGACCAAAUUCAGGUGGGAAGUGGUGGGAUCACAAAAUGGGAUUCAAUAUGGUCCGUUUCCAGUACCUCAACAAGGGCUUCCAGCCAGAUUUUGGAAAGAAUCUACCAAUCUCAAAUAA